AUGGUACUUUGGCAAAAGAAUGCACACAGCUACCCCUAUGAUUUCAAUGCGGUAUCGUUAGCCUUUUUCAAUCGAUAUCCAAAUCCGUAUGCCAACCAUGUAAGAUCUAUUGAUACAUUAAGUCGAGAAAUCGAUCAUGAAGGUAAUUUGAGAAGUGUUCGACUCAUUAAAAAGACAGGAAAGAUGCCAAGAUGGGUUAAACCUGUGUUGGGAGGUAUUAGUGAUUCAUGGAUCAUUGAGUAUUCUGUAGUUGAUUCAGCUAGACAGACGUUAAAGACGUAUACCAAGAAUCUUGAUCAUACCAAGAUAUUGCAAAUUGAAGAGUAUACCGAUUACGAGUAUGAUUUUAACAAUAGUAGUACGAAGGUCAAUAGUCGAGUCAAGUUUACAAGUGCAUUUCAUCUUGGUAUCAAGGACAGGAUUGAGAAUUGGUCGAGGAGUAAAUUUGAAGAAAAUAUCAAUAAGAGUCGAUUAGGAAUGUCAUUUGUGAUGCAAAGGACCCAGACGAGAGACAGGUUGAAUUGA